CUUGAAAGGCACGUUCACUCUCCAACUAUCCAUAGCUACUGCUAACCGCCAACCCAACACGUUUUUUGAAAAUAACAAUAAAAGAAAAAACUACCCACUACUCACCGGUCACCAUGCUCUAUAUAAAUCUCUUCGAUCAAUCACUCCCUACAAAUAUUACAUUUAAUUGCAGUAACUUUAGCUCCUACAUUCUCUGAUCAGUAUAUCUAUUCUCGCUUUCCCAGAAAAUGAAGAUCAAUAACGUUGUUUCUCUUAUGGGACUCUUCUACAUUUGUUUUCUAGCCUUUUUAGUAACCGUGUAUGGUUAUGCUGCUGAUGCAGCAAGAGUCUUCAAAGUUGGUGAUGAAUUGGGAUGGCAAGAACCUGAAGACAAUAACACUGCACUGUAUAGCAAGUGGGCUGCAAGUAACAGAUUUCGAGUUGGAGAUUCUCUCUUAUUUGAGUACAAGAAUGACUCUGUUAUUGAAGUUGAGAAAUGGGGUUAUUACCACUGCAACACAAGCAACCCCAUUGUUGCCUUUAACAAUGGCAGGAGUACUUUCAAUCUUGAGAGAUCAGGACCAUUUUACUUCAUUAGUGGGUUUUCUGAUCACUGCAAGAAUGGGCAACGUUUGAUUGUUGAAGUAAUGGGUCUGCACCACCAAAGAUCAUAUUCUCCACCAUCUAUGGCGGCUCCACCUGAAUCUUCUUACUUAGCACCAUCACCACAGCCAAGUUCAGGGGCAAUCGUCAAUCAAGGAUUUUGUUCAAUUCUAAUUACAACAUUAGUAGCUUUAGUUUGGUCAUUUUUGUUUUAGUUAUUUGGUAUUGAAUUCUUUGUCAGUGUCAGAUUCCAGCUGUCGGAAUCCUUCUGUUUCUGAUCAAUUUGUGUUUGAGUCAUUUGCUUAAUUACCUGGAACAUAAUUUUUUUUAUUUGAAUAUUAAUACAAAGAUGAGUUAAUUGUGCCAA